AUGUCUGACAUGCAAGCCGCCCUCCAAAAAGCCCGGCACAAACUUCACAACAGCGACAAACCCUGGACAACAUCCCCAAGUCUCACACCCACAUCCUCCCCAUCCCCACGCUCCACCAACCCCAUCUCAACAGCACACUCCUCCGUCCUCCCAAAAAUCGACAUAUCCCCCUUCCUCAACCCCGCCUCGCCACCCUCUUCCCGCCUCAAAACAGCCCAAGCCAUCAACGCGGCCUGCACAACCUACGGCUUCUUCUACCUGACCGGCCACGGCAUCCCCCAAGCGCAACUCGACUCGGUCAUCUCUCUCACGCAGCAAUUCUUCGCCCUGCCGCUAGACGAGAAAGCCAAGAUUGAGCGCUUCGACGCAGGGAGCCCGCAAGGCGGCGACGGCGCACGGGGUUACCAGCGCCUGUGUACUGACGAUGACCGCGGCGACGGGUUGCAGGAUCUACAGGAAGCUGUGGAUUUCUACGCCGAGUGGCCCGACGAGUUGCGCGAGGAGGGCGAUGGCGGGCCAGGCAGUGUGAAGAGUCUCCAGGGCAGGAAUUUGUGGCCCGAGCAGCCGAGGGGGUUGCGGGCCGCGUAUGAAGAGUAUAUUGCGAGGGUGAGUGGAGUGGGGGAGGCGCUGGUGAGGGCAAUGGGGGAGGCGCUGGAGUUGGAGGGCGAGGAGGAGAGGGGGGUUAUUGAGGGCGCGUGUAAGGGCUCGUUUUGGGUGGUGAGGAUGAUUGGGUAUCCGCCUUUGCCUUCUCCUCCUGCUUCUACUACUACUACCCGGCUGAUGAGGGGGGAGGAAGAGGAGCAGCAACAGUUUUCUUGUGGCGCACACACGGAUUAUGGGUGUGUUACUCUUCUCCUCUCUGACGACACGCCCAAUGCGCUGCAAAUUCAACUCAAAGACGGGACGUGGCUCAAUGCUGAUCCUGUGCCUGGCGCAUUCGUGGUUAACAUUGGGGACAUGAUUGAGCGGUGGACGAAUGGGCUGUGGAAGAGUACAUUGCACCGGGUUAUUCAUCGCACGGGGGAUAGGUAUAGGAUUAGUGUUCCAUUCUUUUACGAGCCGAAUUUCUACGCAGAGGUUGCGCCGUUGGAGACGUGUGUGAAGAGGACGGGGGGCAAGAGGGUGUACGAGAGUAGUGUGUAUGGGGAGCAUUUGUUGACCAAGGUGUUUAGUAAUUUUUAUUAUAGUAAGAGGACGGAUUGGUGAGUACGGCCUUGUUUGUUACAUACAUUAAAUGAUAAAGAGACUUUUAGAUG